AUGUGGAUGGAGAUCAUAAAGGACUAUGACUUCUCCUUAGAGUAUCAUCUCGGAAAGGCCAAUGUAGUGGCGAAUGCUUUGAGCAGGAGACCGAGGGGUAUAGCUGCUUCUACAAUGGUUCAGGAGUGGCUUAUGUUGGAGACUACAUCUGAGUUUGACCUUGAACCAUCAGGAAGGGAGCAGGGGAUCUUCCUUGAGUUAGCUGCAAAGGUGAGUGAUGGUCCUUCUGAGUGGGAAGUUGGAUCGGAUGGUAGGUUAAGAUUGAGAUCGAGAUUGUAUGUUCCGGAUGGUGAUGAUCUCAAGGGGGAAAUUAUUCGAGAAGCACAUCGAUCUUGGUAUACUGUACAUUCGGGGAACACCAAGAUGUAUAGGGAUCUACGAAGGCAGUUCUGGUGGAAUAGGAUGAAGAGAGAUGUAGCAGAGUAUGUGUUACAGUGUCUUACCUGCCAGCAGAAAGCCAUGGGAACUACCUUAGAUAUGAGUACACCUUUUCAUCCUCAAACUGAUGGGCAGACUGACAUAGUGAAUCAGGUGAUGGAAGAUAUGUUGAGAGCUUGUGUUUUGGACUUCAAGGGAAGUUGGGAGGAUCAUCUGCCAUUGAUUGAGUUCGCCUACAACAACAGUUAUCACUCCAUGCCAGCAGAAGUUAGGGAUGGAGAAUUCUUGGGUCCUGAGAUUGUUCAGGAGACUAUCGAGAAGAUCUCUAUUAUCCGAGAUAGGAUCCGAACGGCACAGAGUAGACAGAAGAGUUAUGUUGAUUUGAAGAAGAGACAGGUAGUGUUUGAGGUUGGUGACCAUGUGUUCUUGAAAGUCUCACCCAUGAAGGGUGUGGUGAGAUUUGGCAAGAAGGGAAAGUUAGCACCGAGAUUACAGUACAAUCAAGGUGAACCUGUUUGUAUCUUGGAUGGGUCGAUAAAGAGGCUUCGAAUGAAGGAAGUUGACUUGGUCAAGGUGUUGUGGAGUCACCAUGAUGAGAGUGAUGCAUCAUGGGAGUUAGAGUCGGACAUGAGGAUUAGGUAUCCACAGCUUUUCGUUGACUAG